UGAACAGGAAGUGCUUUUCUCCGAUAUUGAUUUUGUUCUCAUAACUGAGAGGCGACAGUAAUUUAGUUCAAAACACCGAAAAGGACAGGAUGAUCAAAGCCAUUCUGAUUUUUAAUAAUCAUGGCAAACCGAGACUCAUCAGGUUUUAUCAGCACUUUGCAGAAGACAUGCAGCAGCAGAUCAUCAGAGAGACCUUUCACUUGGUGUCAAAGAGAGAUGAUAACGUCUGCAAUUUCCUUGAAGGUGGCAGUCUGAUUGGCGGCUCGGACUACAAGCUGAUCUACAGACAUUACGCCACACUUUACUUUGUGUUCUGUGUCGAUUCGUCUGAAAGUGAGCUCGGCAUUCUGGACCUCAUCCAGGUGUUUGUGGAGACUCUGGAUAAAUGCUUUGAGAAUGUGUGUGAACUCGACCUGAUCUUCCACAUGGACAAAGUGCAUUAUAUCCUGCAGGAGGUGGUGAUGGGAGGGAUGGUGCUCGAGACCAACAUGAAUGAAAUUGUUGCUCAGGUUGAGCUGCAGAACCGAAUGGAGAAAUCUGAAGGUGGACUUUCUGCUGCUCCAGCUCGAGCCGUCUCAGCCGUGAAAAACAUGAACCUUCCAGAAAUCCCUCGUAACAUCAACCUUAAAGUGCCGAGUCUGUCUCCGUUCUGAGACGACCAGAAUUCCGUUCAUCGUCAACACUGGAAUAACGUCCCAGAAACACUGUUCUCUCUUUGGAAUGAAGUUGAGACUGAAUUAUAUUUACAUUUAGGGGCCAAAGUUCUCCAAAUCCCAGAGCAUUUCCAUUUCCUCACUUAGUAAACACUAACAAAGCUCUGUGUGUGUGUGUGUGUGUGUGUGUGUGUGUGUGUGUGAGAACAUGAGAUUCAGGAUUUGAUGAUGAGAGAAAAGCCCGCGGUCAGUAACUCAUUGGGAUCGUUAGGAAAUCGUGCUGUUACAAAUUUAUUUGCAGUUUAUUUUGUAAUUGAGUAGCAACAUUCCGGAAAUAUAUUCAACUGCUAAUGAAAAGCUGACGACGUCUCGGUGCGUUUUAACCGAACGCCAAACAUCACUCACCAGUCACUCGCUUUAUUUAUGCUGUGAUUUUGUUUAUUAAAUGCUAAUUAUUUUUUGUUGAUUUUGUUGUUUGUGUUAUUAAAUUCAGAACACUGUU